GUUGUCCCUCUACCACAAGUUCACAUUGUUUACGCUGCAAUAGCGAAGGUUGCAUUAAAUGUCCCAUGUAUCUGGUCACCGAUACGCGCCAGUGUGUGGAACAUUGUCCAGCGGGCUAUAUAGAUCAAUGGUCGGCCCAUACGGAAUUUAUGGGGCGUGUUUGUGUUCCUACCGGAUAUUCUGGUGCUUUAAUGGCCGCUUUAGCUGGCAUGUUUGGCGGUUUUCUCGUCUGUCUCUCCAUACUUGCCGUUGCCGUGAUGUUGGUGAAACGUCGUAGACGCCGCAAAACCAUAAAACAAAAAUUAAUCAAUGAACAUACCAUGGACCGUUCAGAUUUCCUAAGACAGCUCAAUGAUAUGAGACCAAAUGCUGAAUACUUUUUAGCCAUGCUCAACGAUACACGAAGACAAAUACGUAAAUUAUAUUUGGCCGGUGAUGUUGCGGCUGCCAAUUCUUAUCGUCCUAUAGUAAGAGAUCUUGCCAGAAUUUUGAUAUUAUUAAAUCGUCCUAUUGAACUGAUACCAGCCGCCCCACAUGACUGGAAUCGUUUGUAUGCUUGGUCAGAGCAGGUGCUCGAACGUUAUAGGCCUCAGGUAGGCCAAUUAAUAGAUUUCUUUCAAAAUUCGAAUGGCAUCGAUGUGGAUGAAUUUGAGGCCACCUCGGUUUAUAGGCAAAAAAUAAAUGGUGGUGGUUUUUAUAAGCAAUCUGCCUUGCAGUCAUCUUCGAAUCUUACCUCAGGUACUGGUACUACCAAAUCGCAAAAAAUGCAUCUAUUUGGUUCUCUCAUCAGUCUGCAUGAAUUUGAAGAACCCAGACCUUCGGAUCCAUUUGGUAGCAGCUUUAACACUCUAAAAAGUGGCAAUCUUAUAUCGGAUCUCAAUGCUAGUUCUCUAUGGUUGGAGGAUGAAUUUUAUAAAUUAGGUUUUCGACCGCAAGAUGAAAUAACCACCGAGUUAUAGAUUCAUUAUUUCAAACUGUGAAAUGUAUAUAAAGAAAUUAUCAAUUAAGUUUAUUAUUUUUGUUGUUUUUUGUUAUAUUUUACUAUAAAAUUAAAACGCCAAGUAUUAUUAUUGAAAUUGUUGUCGGUCCAAAACUAAAACAAAGUGCUCAAAUUUUAUUUAAACAAAAAGUGUAAAUAUUAAACUAAACUUAAAAUUAAAAACGAACAAAUCUGUAAAUGUAAAUUAAUUAAUUUAGUUAGUUAUAAAGCAAUAUUUAUACACUAAGUGCCUUAUUUUGUCUUCUUAUCAUUUAGCAAUUAAAUUUAUUUUCAUAAAACUACUCAUUUUGUUCAUGUCUUCCUUAUAAUUUCUUUAAAAUUAAAAACAUAACAUUCCAUGUUACAGAAAUUUAUUGAAAUUUAAUAUUAUGUUUGUUUUUCUUUUGAUUUUAAUUUAACAUUGUUCUUAGUAUUAUUAUAAAACUCAAUAAAAUAGCAAAACUAAUUUAAUAAUAAAAACAUACAACAUUUUGUUAAACUAGUCAAUGUAUCAACCAUAAACUCAAAAACACAAAUAAAUUAAAUACAAUUUUUAAAGAAAUCCCGCAUAAUAUUAAUUUAAGAUUUUAUGAAAAUCAUAAAUUUAAUAUGUAAGAUUUUAUGUAACCCUAAAUCUAAUGUAUUUAGUCCCGAAUAAGUGCGAUUUUGUCGAUAUAAUUAGUUUAAUAUGAAAAAUAAAUAUUUUUAAUUUGAAAUAAAACAAAAAA